UUGGGAAACACCCUAGUGUUUUUAUUGUACUUGGUCGCCAAACAUCCGGAAGUACAAGAAARGUUGUAUAACGAGGUGUCGGGACUGGCUCCGGCGGGUACAUCUAUUACCACUGAACAUUUACACAAGGCCACAUAUUUGCAAGCAUGUAUAACUGAAGCUCACAGGCUUAAACCCACUGCUCCGUGCAUUGCAAGAGUGCUGGAAUCGGAAAUAGAAUACGACAACUACCGAUUGCCAUCAGGGACUGUCGUGUUGCUGCACACUGGGUUGGCGUGCUUGGACGAAAACAAUUUUAAAGACGCAACCUUGUACAGACCGGAAAGGUGGCUGGACGAGUUGACGAAAAAAUCACCGUUUUUGGUCGCACCGUUCGGUUGUGGCAAACGAAUGUGUCCGGGGAAGCGAUUCAUAGAACUAGAACUACAAAUUGUCUURGCAAAAAUGGUCAAGCAAUUUCAWAUCGACUUUGAAGGACAACUGAAAACUGAAUUUGAAUUUCUUUUGACACCCAUUGACGCAAAUUUUAUUUUACGAGAUAGAAUUUAUUGAUGUUAUUAAAUUUAAAUGAUUAUAAUUUAAUACUGGACCUAUAGGUACAUAUAUUUAAUAAUAAUUUAUAUUAUGAUGUUCAAAUUUUUACUUUAUCGUACCUACUGUGACAAAGUUAAACAUAUCACAUUUUACCUAUAUUUUUGUUUUAAAUUAUGAUUUA